UUUCGUAACAGUAAUACCCCCGGAAACUUCCAAUAUAACCAAAAUUAUUCGCUUCCUGGAAAAAUACAAUGCGCGGUUCGGUGACGACGUGGGACCUAUACCAGCAGCAGAUCAAGCUAGGCGAUACUGUUUGAGAAGCAUUAUCAAUAAAUGCUCACCAGGUAAAGACGAUCCAUCGUGUGAUUAUGGAAAUGUUAAUUUAGUUUCAUUCGGCAGUGAGCAUUACACUAACACACGUUGUGCAGUGUGCAAUGGUUUAUCCAAAGAUAUGGUGAGCGAUCUUCGAUGUUUUCCAGAUAAAAUUAUUAAAAGAUGCCCCGGCAGUUUUCGACCUCGGUCGUUAUCCAUUGUAUUUGGACACACGCAAGGACAGAAUGAAGUUGUUCGUUCAGUCCCCAUAUAUGAUGAAAGAUGUAAAAAAAAAGGAAUGGUCUAUGAUGAUAAGUUACAUGUCUGUCGUGUUAACUGGUUACCUUCACCAGAAGAAAAUGGAAGAGAAAUAUUUUAUGUCUUGUCUUGGCUACAACCAUCGCAAAUUCAGUUUGAAAUAUCAUUUACAGCAAUGGAUUUUCAGAACUCGCUUUCUAAAUACUUAAACAUGACACGUGAACAAUUCUUCGACAUCAAUAUAACGAAAGUUUCUGAUCGUCAAACAUCAAUAAUUCAGUUCUACAUUGUGGAAACAAAGAUCAUCUUAACAUCACAACAAAGUUUGCAAUUUCUAUUCAACACGAUAAAUGCCACUGAGUUUGACAAACGAAUUCGUGAAUUUAUAUACUUUAGCGAAGAAUUUUCUCUUCAAAUCAAAAAUCUAAACUAUACCAUUAUCAAAACAACAUCCCGACCCCUUGCUUGUGUUGGAAAGGUAACAUACACUCCUGAAGAAUACAUUUUACAGCAGAAUGAAAGUGUUUUGAUACGAAGCACAAAUGAAACUUUUGAACAUUAUGAAUACUACCGAGAAAGGAAAGAGAAAAUUAGUGCAAAACAAGGAAACAUCACAGUAUGUAAAAAAUAUGUUCCCACAAAAUGUAAUGGAACUGAAGUUAUCUAUUCACCACAAGAAUAUAACUUGAUGAAUAACCUCACUAUCUACGUAUUCAAGAUAUUUCGUACCUAUUACUAUGGAGAAUAUGAAAUUCUUACAAACUAUUCUGUAAAAACUUGUCAAACGUUUGUGGUAAAGUUUGUCAAAAGAAUUCGUGAAGUGCACAACGAAGCCCUUGGAUAUAUCACAUUUGUCUUUUUUCUCAUCUCCAUAAUUUUCUUGACAUUUCUUCUCGUCACCUACAUCAUAUUCCCUCAACUACGUACUUUGCCAGGUAAAAACAUAAUGAACUUCGCCUUUACUUUGCUAUUGUUUGAAAUAUUUUGGCUCCCCACAAACUUUACCAAGGUAACUGACAACGAAAAUAUCUGUAAAGCAUUUUCAAUCAUCGAACAUUAUUUUCUACUGGCGUCUUUCUUCAGCAUGGUUGUCAUUGCUCAUCAUACUCGAAAGGUGUUUGGAAAAAACCUCCCUGCACCAAAAAUGUCGCCGGGACACGAACGAAAGCUGUUUUACGCGUAUUUGUGCUUAGUAUGGAUCAUUCCUGCCUUGUUUAUCGCAAUUUGUGUCGUCCUCGACAGCGAAGAAAUAAUAAAUUUGGGUUAUGGAGAGACGGAUAUUUGCUGGUUAACGGGAACAAAUUCCUACGUUUAUUUUGUAACGAUACCUGUGAUACUAAUGCUGAUGUUUAAUGUCGUGGAAUUUGUGAGAACCGCUAUACAACUUCGUAAACACGCCCAGAAUCAAGCAGGUCUAACCGCAAGUGGAAAACGAUCUUCAAAUCUCACCAUUUACAUUCGUCUUUCAACCUUGAUGGGUUUUACAUGGCUAUUUGGUCUCCUGGGUCAAGUGGUGACGUCAACAUCUGUGUUUUACUAUCUUUUUGUUAUAUUUACAUCAUUAGAAGGUUUUUUUGUAGCAUGGGCCUUUGUUUUGAACGCUAAAACUCUAAAUUUAUAUAGACAUCGCUUCAGAAACACGGAUAAAACUUCGAGCAGCAGUAAUAUUACCGCAAAGAAAUCGUUGCCCAAAUCUGAUCACAACGACACAAAACUGUAAAAUAUUGUCCACAUCGUAAUCAACCAUUGUCAUCAUCAGAGAUUAUACAUAAUAUAAAUCCUGAUAUAAAUCUUGAUAUAAAUCCUAAUCGUAAUCCAUUGUCAUUAUAAUAAUAAUGAACAAGUAUUCAACGCUCACAGAGA